UUUAAAACACGGGGAAAAGAAACCGCCCAGCACACACCCCAGCACACCAGCCCAGGAAACUUAUAACCUCGGGAGUCAGGUCCCUCCCCUCACUGUGGUCACAAACCUCCUGAAGAGAGGACCAGACCAGCAGCCAGCGCCACCACUCAGGGCAUCUGCUUCUGUCACUGGAUACUCCACAAUUCUCUACUCAGGAGUUACAAAAAAGAAGCCAAGAUGUUGGUGUUACUGGCCGGUCUCUUCGUGGUCCACAUCGCCACCGCCAUUAUGCUGUUUGUCUCCACCAUUGCCAACGUGUGGAUGGUGGCGGACGGUAUAGACUCGUCCAUAGGGCUUUGGAAGAACUGCACCAGUGGCAGCUGUGACGACUCUCUGAGCUACGGCAAUGACGAUGCUAUCAAGGCAGUGCAAGCUUUCAUGAUCCUCUCCAUCAUCUUCUCUAUAAUCUCCCUCGUGGUCUUCGUGUUCCAGCUCUUCACCAUGGAGAAGGGAAACCGGUUCUUCCUCUCGGGAUCCACCAUGCUGGUGUGCUGGCUGUGCAUCCUGAUUGGAGUGUCUAUCUACACUCACCACUAUGCCCACAGCGAAGGGAACUUUUUCACCAGCAGCCAUCAAGGCUACUGUUUCAUCCUGACCUGGAUUUGCUUCUGCUUCAGCUUCAUCAUCGGCAUACUCUAUAUGGUCCUGAGGAAGAAAUAAGCUCGUGGGCAUCUGGGGUGGGGGUGGGGAAGUAGGGAGGAGGAAGCAACUGAAUCUGGGAGGGAAGCAGAAGUCACUGUGUAGGGAUAACCAAGGGAGGGGAGGGGGGAAGGGAGGGGGAAAGGAAGAGUAGGAGAGGCCAAAACCCAAACCAUAUCUGGGGGGGCGGGAUUCUCUACCGCCAAACGCCCAUCCUUGGGAGAAAGUUGUUGGCUACUAUGCUGAUGCUUCCUUGAGGCCACCAGAGAGUCCUCCUCUAGCCACCAAAUAUGGCCCCGUCUAUCCUCAAUUACCGACACUUGGGGCCUCACCAGCUGCCAUUCCACUGGCGCCACUCUUGAGGGUGACUGCUGGGUCAUACACUGAGGUCUUGCAAACCCAUAUCAAUGAGUUCUGACAGUGGUACAAGUCCUAGCAAGAGCAGAUCACUGCCUCUAUGCUGAGGCUAAGCCUCGAAGCCACCUUAUCCUUGUGACCUGAAACCAAACCUCAAAUCCAGAUCCCAAGUGCCUCUAGUGGGAGCUUUGGCCAGGAAGCUGAUGCCCGUAUUUAGUGGCCUUUCUAACAAAAGUGAAGAAAGAGAGAUGGAUUAUAAGGUCAAGCUGAUAGAAUUGGUUGAACCAAGAAGUAGAAAUAUUUACCCCAGAGGAUCUGGGAGACAGGUGGGGAUAGGCAGAGCCCCUCAGUCAUGCUUCACUGAGCUGUCCCUCAUGGAGAUGUCCUGCUCUGGACUCUGCUAGACCCUCACUUAAAGCCAAGGCAGCUUUUCUGGAAUUUUUCUAGAUUCUCUAGAGCCAAAGAUGAAAACGCCCCACAAACCGUAGGGUCAAAGCGCAUGCCCACCACAAUGCAAUAGUAAAGUUAUGGGUUUUUAGGAUUCCCCAAUGCACCCAAUGUGUCCUGUAAAUGUAACACAGGAGAGAUGCACAUGUUCCAUUGCCAAACAAUUCUGUUAAGCUUCCUCCGAAUUAGGAACAUUUGAGGAAGUCUAAUGAUGACCAAAAUAACACUGGGGACCAGAACAUGACAUCUAAACACAGAGGUCACUGUAGCUUUGACCUGGGCUGGAGUGGUCUCCUCUCAACAGCUUCCAAUACACUAUUUUCCAGCCAAAGAUGGCAAUUCUGUAAGCCAAUUAAAAUACACAUCAAUCUAAACUAAAGAACAAGUCCCGGGGUGCAGGGGAAGGUGCUAUCUGGUUAUGGAGUACUAAGCAUACUAUAUUUCACUUAUGUUAAGAACAGAGUGCCUGCUCUUAGGAAAAAAAACGCAGUUUGGUGAGAUGAAUAAAGUCCUGGUGGUGGGCAGACAGUUUCUUUUUUAAAACAGGAGAAACUCUUAGGGUGUCCAGUCAGAUGGUAGCUGAAUUGUUGGGGCUGCAGGGGUAUUCCUACAUAAGACUUAGAGGUAGCAUGACAUCUCAGAUUUCUGCCUUAAAGGGCUUUUCUUUUAGAAAUAGUUUCUUCUAUUGCCCUUAGAAGAUCACCCCGGGAAGAGUCUGAGAUAUCUUUUCUACAUUUCUUUUCCUAGGAUUAUUCUUACCCAUUUCUCAUAUCCAUUUCUUUUGGGAGGGAGUUGUUAUGCUAUACUUGCUGGUAUUUAUGUAAAGGGACCAUUACUAAGUAUAUUUCUCUAGUGUAUUAUGUUUAAGGGAAUGUUCAAGUAGGUUACUUAACUGCUGAGCUGAUGGCAGAGAUACUGGUCAGGAAAGCUAUAAUAAUUCUUAAAUUAUAAUUUGACCACCAUACAUUUGUUCUAGGCUGUCUUAUGUUCAUAAGAAAA